AUGGCCUAUCAACAAAUACAGGAAGCAUCGACGAUUGGCAGUCAAUUACGAGACCAAAUUGAGAGACUGGAGCCAAAUGAAAAUGCUGCCGUACGAGUAGCGGCACGAGACAAUUCUCGAUAUUUGAAAUAUGCUGUCGGCAUCUUCUUCCUUGGUGCAGCUACUGUAGUUAUGUGCAUGGCACUUCCGUAUUUAGCUACUGCUGUUAGUGGUGCAUUGGCAAGCGUAACUACAACUGUUGGUGGCGAAACUAUUGUCAUGGCAUCAGUUGCUAUGGCCGUUGGUAGAAGUCAAUCGUCUUAA